AUGGCAUCCAAGAUCUUCCUUGUUGAGAAUCCAAACUACUCCAAAUCUGGGAUCAAGUCUUAUGUGUAUCUGAUACGCAAAUAUCGUUUGCACCCUACUAGAAAUGGCCCCUUUUCUAUCGGUCGAGCUAUUCACCAAACUGGCCGGCCCUUCACUGACAAGCCUAUUGGUGGUCGAGUUCGCUUCCACGACGUGAUGCGAAAACAGAUCUCGGACGACAAAUUCCAGCAAGUUGAGAAGGAGGACAUCCAAAAUGAUGCAGUGUUCUUCGUGCCCGUGAGCAUCGGAACCCCGACUCAAACUUUGAACUUGGUCUUGGAUACAGCGUCUGCUGACUUUUGGGUGCGAUCUAGUGAGCUCCCUUCAGAUACACUGCCCCACGGUGGGGAGGAGAGCCAUACCUAUGAUCCUGUAAAAUCGAGCACAUUCAAAGACAUUGAAGAUUCGCCAUGGAAAGUAUCCUAUGUGGAUGGUUCUGCGGUGUCUGGUUCCAUUGGCACGGAAGAUAUCACCAUUGGAGGGGUUGCUUUGAAGACACAGCCCGUUCAGCUUGCCAAAACCAUAUCCUCAAUGUUCACCCAAUUUUCAGCAGACGGCGUUCUGGGACUGGCAUUUGGACAUAUCAAUCAUCCCCAGGAGGACAUCAAGGCCCUGGCUGAGCGCUUGAAUACUGGUGACGACCUCGAACAAUCUGCAAAGCUGUUCACAGCAAAAUUUGGGUCUUGGGGCGACUCUGACCUAAAGAAACCAUUUUACACAUUUGGCUCCAUCAAUGAGGAUGCCGUGCGCUAUUGUGGUCAUGAUGUCCAUUAUACAUCUAUUGACAAUAGUCAAGGCUAUUGGAUGUUAGACUCCCCCUCUACAACGGUUGGGGGGGAAGCCAUUAAUAGAUCUGAAAACAAGGCUAUUGUCGAUACCGACGCAGCAUUGACUCUACUUGAUGACCAAACGUGUCAAGCCAUUUAUGACUCUAUCCCAGGUGCAUUCUAUGAUAGUGAAAGCCAAGGCUUUCUCAUCCCAUCUGACGUCAAUGUGGACCAGCUUCCAGUUGUUCAAUUAACAGUAGGGGACAAAUCGUUCGCUAUGUUAAAGAAAAGUCUGGCAUUUGCUGAAACCAAGCCUGGCUACAUAUAUGGGGGUAUCCAGAGUCGUGGAUCGCUCGACUUUGAUAUUCUUGGUGGGACAUUUUUGGAGGGAUUAUAUGUGAUAUUUGAUUUCGGUUCUCUUCAAUUUGGUGCCGUGCAGCCCAAACCGGAAGCGUAG